AUGCAAGAAACCUUCUUGAACCGAAUGCGCAUGGUAGCAGACUCCAUGCAAACUUCACAUGGAGGACUUACGCCGCCUCUCGCGCCUGAAAUCGACGCUAGGUUGAGGUCGGGCCCACUCAACGAUAUUAAUCAUGUCAGUCUCGAUAAACUCGAGAUGAAAGAUCGAUACCCUAGCCUAGUCAUCAAAAGCCAAAAGAAUGGCAACAAAGCAAUAUCCUCUGCGGCUUCAAUAAAAGUGUUGAAUACGUACGAACUGCUGGAGCAAAUUCUCAUACGUGUGGACGAUGCGACCCUCAUCGUCGCCCCAUUAGUUUCGAAGGCCUGGUGCGAAAUACUGAAGACCUCUCAAGUUCUCCGGUGGAAAACCUGGCGGUGGGAGCAUACCUAUCUCCCUCGCCUAGUCCGCCAGGACUAUAACUUUUACGUCCAGCCCGUCCCGCUUUCUGAUUCGGAAUACUGUUCUUCUUCUUCAUCAGAUGAAGGUGAACACGGGAAGACUACAAUCUAUUUAAAUUCGAGAAAGCGAAGAGAACAAGCGAAGUCACCGCCAAAAAUGCCAGAUAACCCGCAAUCACCUUGGACGGGCCGCUGUGAAUUCGCCCACCCUUACGUCGACGGGAUACAAAAACUUUGGUACGCGGUUAGCACAAUCCCAGAACAUUUGUGGGGUACCCCUGCUCUAUCAGCUGCAAUCUACGACCUACCCAUGAUGAAAUCUAUUCCAUCCGUUGAACUUGUUAGACCGCGGGCUCAUAAGGGUGUCAGAAUUGAAAUGUCACAUGUUCCCUGGAGAACACGAUCGCAAAUUGGAAACGUUUAUAGAAAAGCCAAUGCGUUUAAACUUAGGGACCUCGUGAACGUGAUCUUGGAACAUACCUUUUUAGGGGAUAAAUUACCAGUACCAGUGCUUAGGAGUGGGUCCGGCUUGAUCUUAGUUAGUGUAUGGCUGAUCAAGGAGAAUAGAAGAGAGGAGAUGGUUGUCGGAUUCGAAUUGAACCGGCAUCAAAGGUGGUUCGCGGCACAGUAA